UACAGUAAGAAAAACAAAAUUUUAGAAUUGGGUCAAAUUUUUGACUGGAACCCGACCGACCCGAUACCGCCGGCCUCGGCUGUAAAAAGAGGGCGGAGCACUGGGGGAACAGUGAGACCGAGAAACAAACACACACAAAUUGAUAGGGUGACAGAAGAUGUUGGAGGCGAAGAGUGUACGCAAAGCAAAAAUCCCAGCUUCUUUACUAGAACACCCUACUCCAGCUCAUAUACAGCCCACUCGCCUCGCUCUUCAUGUCAAUCAACAUGCUUCUACUUGUUCUCUCUACAUAGCUUCUGCUGCUCUCAUUUAUAAACUCACGGUAUCAAUGGAAGAUUCCCUGAUUAGUCAAGGAAAAGAAAGCCUCUUGAUCCCUGAUCAGACAACUGUUUUAGAGUCAGACUUGGUUGAUCGCUGUCCUCACCGCUCAGAAAUCCAGAGUAUUGUUCUGGCUGAAACUGACAGCGGUGAAAACACAAUACUAGGGAGCGUGGAUUCUUACGGCCACCUUAUUGUUUCCAAAGCCAUUGUUAAUGAUAAAGAUCCAGAUGUCAGUAGGAUUAUAUAUUCAGCAUGCCCUCAGGAUUGUGGGGUUGGAGAAGGGAGCUGGGCAGGCCUUUGCUUUAGUCCAGUCCAAUGGUCAAUGGCAGCUGUGGCACGCAGCUACUGCAAAAGCGUGGAUAUAUACGACCAAGAUAUUCAUCUACGGACUUUACGAACAUUGCGGUAUCCAACUUCUCUAAGUUUUGUACAGAACUUGUCUUGUGGAUAUGGAAGUUCUUUAUUAGCGGUUACAGAAGGUUGCCAGCUGUCCUUAUGGGAUUUAAGAGUGAAAGAAAAUAAUGGUUGUGUGCAUAGAAUUACUGGUUCAGUUGGCGAUACCUUAUACGCAGUCAGCAACUCUUCAAAUGGUAAUAUUGCAGUCGGUGGAGCUGAUCGUACUGUUACUAUCUAUGAUCCUCGCAGAUUGACAGCUAUAUCAAGGUGGGUUCAUUGUUCUAAGUAUGAGAUUACUGGUCUGGCUUUCUCAUGUGCUGACUCUAACUACAUCUUUAUACAAGGGGUUGAUUAUGAGGUCAUUUGUGGGCAAUGGGAAGAAAGCAUGAAGGCAUAUUCAUUCAAAGGAGACUCAAACUGGCUUGGAUUCAGCAAGUGUGCCAACCGCGACAUAUUGGGUGGAUGGUGCGACUCAGGUAGCAUCUUUGUGGCGGACUUUGUAUAGAGAUCAUAAAUGUAAAACUGAUGGGGUUCUUGUGGGCUACUCUGUUAAAUGAUUUUCUUGUUGUCACUUGUACUUGAAGAGUCGGUUAGAUUCAGUUAAACCUCAGGCAUCUAUUUACUUCUUCACAGUUUUACAGCAAGAACUUUUGCAAUAUUGGGGACGUCUGUGGAUUUGCAGUGAGCUCGGUAGGUUUCUUUGUACGUAUUAAUGUAUCUUCACCUAAUGUGAGACUAGCUAUUAGAGGUAUAUUUUGUACCAAUUUAAAGUAGGAUCUUAUUUUUCUGCACUGCUUCUGUAAUCAUGACAAACCUGAGGAGCAUAUUUUAGUGUUUUGUUUGGUCGGAGAGUUUCAAAAUAA